UCGUUCGUUACUUUCAUUCAAUCUCGUUUUACUCUAACACGUUAUCAGCGCGUGACUCUUCGCUGAGAGAGAAAGGCCGGAAGGACCGACGAGGAGGCCUCUCAAGGACGCCUUCGGCACACCGCGGCGCCCUAUCCGUGCACAGCGGUGGAGUCUCCCAGCGUUCUCGCAUGGACGAGUCGCGCGAGAAACCAUGGCCUUCGGCCUGGUAGUUCUGCGACGGUCGGCGUCGUACCGGCGUACGGAGCGACGGACAUCCUUCACGUGACGCACGGGCUCUCCUGGCUUGCAUCGCCAUCGACGUCUGCGGGCAGCAAUGGCAAGCCCACCAUUCCAACAGCCGAUUCCUCCCGUCGGCCGCCCUCGACAAGGCUUUCGCACGGCCGCCGCGCCGGCUCCGAGCAGCCCCUGGCCGCGCGCACGUCCAUCCGGCCUCUGCGCCGCGCCCCGAUGUGCCUUGCGGCCGUCCGCCCGGUCGUGGCCGCGCCCGGCUGUGCCGUGGCCGUGUGCGCCUGCUCGCGCCAGGCAGUGGCCUCACUCGCCCGCGCUCGGCUGUGUCGUGGCCGUGUGCGCCUGCCCGCGCCAAGCCGUGGUCGGCCCCGUGUGCGCCUGCCAGCGCCAAGCCAUGGCCCCGACGAGGAGCUUGGUUUCGAGAUGGCUCCCAGCGCGCACGGCCGCCUUUGCCCCUGACAUCGCCUAUCAACGCGUCCUUCUGCGGCAAAGCAUGCGGCCGCUGGCCGGCGAGCGAGUGUUCCGGCGGCGUGAGCCCAAACGAAUCAUUCGAUUCGUAACCGCACAUGGAAAGGAGAGAGCCUUAUCUCUUCGUGAUUAUACACUUUAGCCCAUGUGGCUUUACCUAUUUUCAUAAUAGGUUUGUGUGUAUAUCUCUUCGGAGUAAUUUAUGUACGUCUCAGGAUAAAUUAACAUGGUCCAACUAUUUGUGCUAUUCAUUGGCACUUGUCAUCUUUAAACCAUGUAUGUAUAGAUAUGCAUUCAACUCAUUUUCUGUUGAGUUUUAAAUUUCAGAAAUGUGUAUAUGUUGAAA